CAUGAGGUAUGUAUUUUAUGUAAUUAAAUGGAACGAUAUAAACAUCACGUGUUUGUCAGCAUCUACCUAGCUGGGCGUUUGUUAUAAAUUAGAACGAAACAACAGAAGGCCAAAUCAGUUUCUACUGUUCUACGAAUAGAAUGUCAUCUCUCAAUCAGUCGUGGCUUUUGGUGUUGAUUUUUUCAUGCCUUGCUGCAACAGUCUUUUCUGCUCCAGAGGAAUGCAAACAAGGACCCAGUAAAUGGUGCUUGAAUGCUGAAACUGCUAAAAAAUGUGGUGCAAUAAGUUUUUGCUUGUUUGAGAAAGAGUUUUACAACAACAAGAUCAAGUUUGUACCCGAUCAACAUAAAAAACAACAACAUGAUGAGUCUGGUUUCAAACUAGAUGCCCCUCCAGUCAAUGUUACCUUGUAUUAUGAAUCUUUGUGCCCAGACUGCAAAGAAGUUUGGCAGUAUCAGUUAUUUCCAACCUUUCAAAAGUUAGCUUCCAGUGGAAUUUUGAAUGUGUACCUUGUUCCCUAUGGAAAUGCACAGGAGAGACAAUAUGGAAAUCAGUGGAUAUUUUAUUGCCAGCAUGGACAAGCUGAAUGCAUCGGUAAUUUAAUAGAAACAUGUGCUUUACACCAUUAUCCUGAUCAAAACGUGUACAUGCCCUUUCUUCAUUGCGUUGAAUAUUAUGGCCCAACAGCAACGAAUGCAAGAUAUUGUGCCAGUCUUCAAAAAAUGGACUAUAAUGUGAUAUCUUCUUGUGCAGCUGGCACUGAAGGUAAUCAACUACAGCACCAAAUGGCUGUGAAAACGGAGACUUUAAGUCCACCGCACCAGUAUGUUCCUUGGUUUACCAUGAAUGGAUAUCACAGUUACACAAUACAACAACAGCUGUCGUCAAAUAUGUUAGCCUAUGUGUGCAAUUCAUAUACUGGCACAAAACCUGCAGCUUGCUCACAAAAAAAGAAAAUCGGUGCUUGUUAUCGAAACCAAUGAUAACUUUUUUUAACUUAAGACUUUUUUUACAUUGUUUAUUCACAUAGGAUUUACACUUGUGUAAUUGUUUUGGAAGGAUUAUUAUUUAUUUUAAUUUUUGUGAUAUAAUUUUUUUAAAUAAAUGCAUUCAUCUUGU